GGCCAUUUGUCACGGGGAAAGGCAGCUGGCCUAGAAGGCUGCAAAAUGAUUUAAUUGUCGGCUAAUAACGCGAGUCUUUGAUGUCGCUAAUUGCGCGAAUUGAAUCAGAAGGUGAAGGUGCUAUAAAAGCUGCACCAAGCUAUUCCUGAACCACAUUCAGUUCGAGUCAAAUUGCGAAAUGGCACCUAAGGAGAGCCAGAUCCCGACGAGGAGUGACUACUUUCGCGACCAGUGGCGAGCCUGGCGGAUUCUUGGCGCACUGCAGCUCAAUGCCCGGAAUUACUGGAGUGGAGCCACGGUUCUCAACAUUGUCGUGGCCCUGUACUCGCCUGCGCUUCUCCUUUCGAUGUUUAGCUUCGAUACGCCACUAGAGAAUAUCACCAACUUCAGUCUGUCGAUAACCUCGACGGCCACAAUACUGAAGUUCGGCCUGUACGUGGUGCAUCUGGGAAGGCUCAGAGAAAUGGAGAAGAUUAUCACCAGGCUGGACAAUCGUGUAGCGGGUGCAGCACAGCAGCAGUGCCAUCGCCUGAUGGCCAAAAAGUUGCGCAAAUUGUCCAACGUGUUCCUGUACACUUAUGGCUUUGUAUUCUUGAACUCGGAAUUUUCAUUUCUAUUCACGCGCGAGCGGAGCUUGCCAUUUCCCUCGUGGUUUCCCUUCGACUGGAAGAACUCCACGACUAACUACAUCGGAGCCCUGUGCUUUCAGUUGGUCUCAAUAUUCGGUCAGAUUCUGCAGAACUUUGCAGACGACUCUUUCCCGCCGGUGGCUCUGUGCCUAUGUGCGGAGCACUGUCAGCUGCUGAUCUUGCGCAUCUCCAGUAUUGGCCACGAGUCCAACGAGCAGGAUGCCAAUGACGCAGAGCUCGUCCUAUGCAUCAAGGACCAGAAGGAUCUCUAUGGAUUGCUUCAGCUCACAAGCGCUCUCAUCUCGUGGCCCAUGACGAUCCAGUUCUUCGUCAUGGCCCUCAAUAUUGGGGCUACCACGUUCGGUCUGGUCUUCUUUGCUGAAUCCAUGCAGGACCGAAUGUACUUCGCCUCAUAUCUGUUGGCGCUUGUUCUGCAGACAUAUCCCAUCUGCUUCUACGGCAGCCUCUUGGAGGAACGCUUCGGGGAACUCCACUACGCAGUCUUCUGCAGCAAUUGGGUGAACCAGAACCGCAGAUACCGUACCAACAUGUUGAUCCUCGCUGAACGCACCAAAAGUUACCCGCGUCUGCUGGCGGGCAACCUGGUGCCCAUACACCUGAGCACAUUUCAAGCGAGCUGCAAGGCGGCCUACUCUUUCUUCACCUUGAUCGGCAACACUCGCGACAGGGCCAAGUCGAACUAGGUUUCAUUUCCGCUAACUAGUC